CUUAAGAUCGCGCUCCUGCUGACAGCGGGCGUGUCAGUGCACCUCUCACUCUCGCCGCCAAAUCCACCGGCGCCACCCAAGCAUUGCAUUCCGCAGAGGAGCUUCUUCGAGCGAUGUAUGAUGGUCUGGCUUGAAACCGUCCUCGAUGCACUCGCCACUUCUUCCGUCGCCUUCCCCUCCCUUCCUCAUGCACCUCUUUCCUCGCAUCUCACAUGCCCGUCGUCAUCCGCAGCACAAACACUCAUCGCGCCGUCGCUCCUGCUCGUUGUGGGCAUGCUAUUCACGCUGUUCGGCGCGAUCCUUCGGCUUAUUUGCUAUAAGACGCUCGGGCCGAUGUUCACUUUCGAACUUGCGAUCACGCCAAUGCAUGCGCUUGUCACGCACGGGCCAUACGCGUACGUGCGCCAUCCGAGCUAUACGGGCGUGUACAUGACGCUGCUUGGCGCGACUGCCGUGGCGCUCGCCCCAGGCACCUGGCUGCGCGAAUGCUGGUUGCAAAUUGGAUAUGGCUGCUGCAACGCCCCCUUUUCAGAGACGAAUACGCAUCGGUGGACAUUUGGCGCCGGUAUAUUCUUCGCGUGGUUCGCGCUAGCAUUUUGGAUUCUUAAGGUGGUGUACGCGCUGAGGAGCACAAACAGGAGGCUUGUGACAGAAGACACGGAGCUCAGGCACACAUUUGGACUUGCGUGGGAGUCCUAUGCGGAUAGGGUACGCUGGAGGUUGCUGCCCGGGGUUUACUGA